AUGAGCCUUCGCAUAGUGUCUUCCGUAUUCUCCGGAAUCUAUCGCAUCCCUAACCUCCACGACACUCAAUCUCUUCUUCGCUCUAUCUUCUUCAUUCACGGGAACAAACCGGCGUGUAUCUGCCGUCGGCGACCCAUUUUUCACUCAUCCUACAGCGACCGGAGCAGAGCUAGUGUCGGCGCCUCCGCCGAUGUUUCUUCUUCUCUUCUCGAUGAGGAGUUUCUAAGCAGCGUAUCCGCCGUGAGGGAUGCAGAUGAAGCGCUCGAGAUGAUUUCUGAUCGAUUCGGAUCCAAUCGCGGAGGAAUCGUUGAAAUCGAAGAUUGCCGUUCGAUUAUCUCCGCUGCCGUCAGUCGCGGCAAUGUCGAGCUCGCGUUGUCGAUUUUCUACGCCAUGCGAGCGAGUUUCGAUUUGGGUGAGAGUGAGACUGAUCGAUGGAGAUGGUCAAGGCCUGAUGUUGAGGUCUACACGAUGUUGGUUAAUGGUCUUGCUGCUUCCUUGAGGGUUUCUGAUUCUCUAAGGAUCAUCACAGAUAUUUGCCGUGUUGGAAUCUCUCCUGCUGAGGAGGUUCCCUUUGGUAAAGUUGUGAGAUGUCCGAGCUGUUUGAUUGCCAUUGCUGUUGCACAACCCCAGCAUGGAGUUCAGAUUGUCUCCUGCGCUAAUUGCCGUUACCAGUACGAGCUUUUCUCUGGUGACAUAACCAGCAUUGAAUCACAAGAGCUCGGCAAGGACAUUCCUCUCUGGGAAAAGGGGCUCAGGCUUAUCCAGAUAAAGAAGAACAAACUCAUUUCUUCCGUGCACUCGAUUGUGGUACAAACUCCUUCUGGUACAGCAAGAACGCACAGGUUUGCCACUGAGACCGCCGAGCUACCUGCACAAGAAGGAGAAAGAGUGACAAUUGCAUCCGCUGCUCCUCAAAAUGUAUACAGACAAGUGGGACCUUUCAAGUUUACCCCAAAAGCUCCAAACUUUUACUCUGGAGAACCUAUGAGCCUCACAAAGCACAAGGACGGAAGAGAAUCGGUUUUGCUGAGACCUCCAAGUAAAGACGGAGAUAAAACCUUGCAGCCCUCGUUUCUGAUUCCUCUGCUUGCUGUUUUGGCUACUGGAGAUGCUGCUUCCGGCAUCAUUGAUCCCAGCUUGCCUCAGUUACUCUCAGUUGCUGCUGUUACAUCACUCGCAAUCGGAGCAACCUUCAAUUCUUUUCUUCUUCCUCAGCUAAAUCAGCUCCCUGAACGGACAGUGGAUGUGGUGGGUAUCAAACAGCAACUCUUAUCUCAGUAUGAUGUGCUCCAGCGUCGCAUUAGAGAUCUAAAAGAAGCAACUGAGAAAGAGGUGUGGAUGUUGGCUCGAAUGUGCCAGCUCGAGAACAAAAUUUUAGCAGUGGGAGAGCCAGCGUACCGGACUCGAAGAACAAGAGUAAAGAAGGUACGAGAAGCUCUGGAAAACUCCAUAAAAGGAAAGAUUGAGCUUAUCGAUAGCUAUGCUAGAAUAUCUUCAAUGAUUGAGAUCGAAGUGGAAAUGGACAGUGAUGUUCUUGCAGCCGAGGCAGUGAACAACACUGAGAAUAUUGCUCAACAGAUAGAGCAGAUCAUGGAACUCGAAAACCUUGAAGAAAAAUGGAAAAUACAGGCUGAAGCAAACGAUGAGGCAGAGAGACUUCUCAGCUCUCAACCUUAA